AUGACGGAUGAGCUAUGCUGCCGGAGAGGGAAGGAACGUCGGAAAAUGGGUGAAUGCGCCGGAGAAGGGACGAGCAACGAGAGGGUUUUGGGUGGCGUUCACAGAAGACAAAAGGUGGGAAGACAGAAGCGAGGAGUCGAUAUAAAGGAAAGCUGUGACGGUGAUGGUGAUGGUGGUGGUAGUGGUGGUGGUGAUGGUGAUAGUGAUGGUGAUGGUGAUAGCGGUGAUGGUGAUGGUGAUGGUGAUCGUGAUCGUGAUCAUGUUGGUGGUGAUGGUGGUGGUGGUGAUGGUCAUGGUCAUGGUGAUGGUGGUGGUGGUGAUGGUGGUUGUGGUGAUGGUGAUGGUGAUCGUGAUCAUGAUGGUGGUGAUGGUGGUGGUGGUGAUGGUCAUGGUCAUAGUGAUGGUGGUUGUGGUGAUGGUGAUGGUGAUGGUGAUUGUGGUGAUGGUGGUGAUGGUGAUGGUGAUGGUAAUGGUGAUGGUGAUGGUGAUGGUGAUAAUGAUGAUGAUGGUGGUGGUAGUGAUGGUGGUGAUGAUGAUGGUGGUGAUGAUGAUGGUAGUGUGAUGGUGAUGAUGAUGAUGAUGAUGGUUGUGGUGGUGAUGAUGAUGGUGGUGGUGGUGAUGAUGAUGGUGAUGGUGAUGAUGGUGAUGGUGAUGGUGAUGGUGAUGAUGGUGGUGAUGGUGGUGGUGGUGGUGGUGAUUGUGAUGGUGGUGGUGGUGGUGGUGAUUGUGAUGGUGGUGAUGGUGGUGGUGGUGGUGAUGGUGAUGGUAAUGGUAGUGGGGAUCAUGGUGAUGGUGGUGUUGAUGGUGAUGGUGGUGAUGAUGAUGGUGAUGGUGAUGGUGAUGGUGAUGGUGAUGAUGGUGAUGGGUUUUAUUUCAGAUCCAAAACAAGAACAUACCUACCUUCAACUUUUAGAUUUGGGUUUUAUUUCAUAUAAAAAACAAGAACGAAGAACACCCAUUGUGGAUUUGGAUUUGGGAUGUUGGAUGGUGGUGGAUCACGACAGGGGGGGCGAGGAGCUGCCACAGUUGACUGUGGUGGCUCUCUUCGUCGGAGAAGUACGAAACGAGGGAGGCAGACGAGUUGGAGAUGAAAGGGAGAUCGAGGAAAGGAUUCUGAAUGAUGAUGGUGAUGAUGAUAAUGAUGGUGGUGGUGAUGAUGAUGAUGGUGGUGGUCGUGGUGAUGAUGAUGAUGGUGGUGGUGGAGGUGGUGAUGAUGAUGGUGAUGAUGAUGUUAAUGAUGAUGAUGGUGAUGAUGGUGGUGGUGGUGGUGAUGAUGAUGGUGAGGAUGUUGGUGAUGAUGAUGUUGAUGGUGAUGAUGGUGGUGAUGAUGAUGGUGGUGGUGGUGAUGAUGAUGAUGAAAAUGAUAAUGAGGGUGGUGAUGGUGAUGGUGAUGGUGAUGAUGAUGGCGAUGGUGAUGGUGAUGGUGAUGGUGAUGAUGUUUAUGAUGGUGAUGGUGAUGAUGAUGAUGAUGGUGAUGGUGAUGGUGGUGAUGAUGGUGGUGGUGAUGAUGAUGGUGAUGGUGAUGCUCAUGAUGAUGAUGAUGAUGGUGGUGGUGGUGGUGGUGAUGAUGAUGAUGAUGAUGAUGGUGAUGGUGAUGGUGAUGAAGAUGAUGGUGAUGCUGGUGAUCAUCAUCAUCAUGUAGGCGAACCUCCAUGGCCACAAGGGCUGAGUGGUGCUAGGAUUUGA